CAUGUCUUGGCAGGUGGCUGUGGAGGGCUCCAGCGCAGAGGACCCUGUUCUCAGCCCCCGAGACAGCUGUGGGCUCUUCCAGGAGGAUGUGGAAGAAACCGGCUCCCAGUCAGGCCUGGCCCCACCUGCAGGAGGAAGCUCUGGGGCUCCAGUUUGGGCUGGCAGCAGGAAGAGGGUCCACCCGGAAGAGGCCCUUCAAGGUGCCAGCUGCCAGGCUGUGGGUGCACCUGGGGCCAGUGUGGAGGCCAAGGCCCGCCUGGUGGUCCCUGCGCUGCAAGCUGUGGGACAGAGGCAGGACUUGCUGCCUGGCCCCAGGCUCCAUAUCCAGUUGCCCACAGUGCCUGCCCAGGGGAGGGCCCAGACCUGCAAGAGGCUCCUGGUUUCUCUCCAUGACAUCUUAGCUGGCAGUGGGCCCAGGAAUCUUUGGAGCAUGUCUGUGGGGGCAAGAAAGAAAAGCAGGAUGUGUGAGGCCCCCUUAGAGGGUGAGGAGGGGGCUGGCGGCUUGUGUCUUGGCCAGAGCCCUGGUGGGGACAAGCCCCAGUCUGGGGGAGGCCUCUCACAUGGUGCUGAUGUGGAGUCUGUGGGAGUUUCUUGCAGGCCACUUUCUUGCAAGGACACUGGGUCUGGGCCUGCAGACCCAGGCGGAAGUUGGGAGGAGUGUGCCUCAGGGAUUGAGAAGUUGGAAUCUUUGCCCAUUGCAGGGGAUGGGGCCCCACCAGACACACCCUGUGCCCCUGUCGAGCCCCCAGUGUCCAGUGGAGGAGAGUUCCCUCAGCCAGCUACCCAGGCUCCUCCACAGAGCCCGGCACUGUGCCUGGGAGAGUCUGGAAAGGCUUCCCCAGAGUGGCAAGAAGCAGGGCAGAGCUUGGGGGCUGGUGGUGAGGAUGGCCCUGACACCUCACAUGACCAGGAGGAGCUAGAGGUCGAGGCUCAGCCAGUGUCUGGAGGGAGGCCAGAGCAGGGACUCACUGCUUCCACGGACACCUCUGCCAGCUCCCUGGAGCCUGCAGCCAGCAAAGCUAGAUCAGGCCAGGCCGCAGGGCAGAGAAGAUACAAGUAUGCUACAAAGCUGAGAAGGGGGCCAGUGCCCUGUGCCCAGGAUGGGGACACUGAGAGAUGCUCAGACCACUCCAACCAGGAGCAACCAGAGGAGUCCAGCCCAGGAGGCUGCCCCAAACUGGAGGCAAUGAAAAUGGCCUAUGGGGUGAAGCAUGUGUGCUAUGUUGGUUCCACGGCAGUGAUCCACCUCCUGGGGGGCAUCCGCGACGGCCAGGCAGGGGACUCACUGUCUCCAAAGCUGGAGGUUCUGGAGGACAUGAUGGAAAUCAGCUCAGCCUCACCUGCGCAGAGGCCCAGAAGGAAGGACAGGCCCAUGAUCCAGGGCCCCAAGGGGAACCAGUGCAGCCCAGUGGAGGGCGAAGAGAAGCCUGAUGAACAAAAUGGGGCAGAGGACUCAGCUCAGCUCUGGCCCCAGCAGGAAAAGCUACCCCUGGAUGCUGGGGUACGGAGCACCGUGGUCCGUGCCAUGCGGGAGGUGCUGUGGAGUCGCCUUCAGGAGCUCCCAGACCUGGUGCUGAGUGAGGGGGCUGUGGAGGGCCUCGCUGCUGGCAUCGAGGCUGCCCUCUUCGACCUGACACAUGCCACCAACGGCCACUACAGGACCAAGUACCGCAGCCUGCUCUUCAAUCUUCGGGACCCCAGGAACCCAGACCUGUUUCUCAAAGUGAUUCAUGGAGAUGUCACCCCCCAAGGCCUGGUGCGGAUGAACUCAGUGCAACUGGCCCCCCAAGAGCUGGCCCGCUGGCGGGACCAGGAGGAGAAGAGGGGCCUGGAGAUCAUUGAGCAGCUCCAGAAGGAGCCAUGCAGCCUCCCAGCCUCCAAACUGACCCACAAGGGGGAAGUCGAGAUCCCGCGGGACGUGGACCAGACGCUGAUCCUGGAGGAUCUGGUGGGAUCCAUGGUGUCUGUCGACUGCGGCCCACUGGCCCCACCUGCCACAUCCAAGGACACCACAGAGCAGCACGAGGACACCACGGAGCAACACAAACACCACUUCCAAGACUCCAGCUGCCGCAUCUGCAUGGGUGGGAAGGAGACAUGGGAGGGGCUCAGGGAUGAGGGGCCGGGGCUGGGCGUGGGGUUCAAUGACAACAGGGGUUCCGGGCUUGGGGAGAAGGUGGCAGGCCUAGCUGCUGGCCCCCGUCUCAGCUCCUGCCUCUACUCUGCAGGCUGGAAGCCCUCGUGUGAGCUACCAUCCUCCAAAACUGCCACAGGGAUGGGGGACAGUGCCUUCCAGAGAGCCCCAAGCCUAGUCCCUGCGGCCUCUCCAGAGAUGCCCCAAGCCAGGGAGAAGUCUCCCAUGGAGUCCCAGGACAGGCUCCAGAUGCCUCCUGGGCCCACAAAGGUUCUGUCCAACCAGCUGCCCUGGGAAGGGUCUCUGGACAUGUUCUCCAUCAAGCGGUUCCGGGUCAGGGCCCAGCUGGUUUCGGGACACAGCUGUCAGCUCAUCCAGGCCCUGCCCCAGGUGAUCCGCUCCGCAGGCUGCAUCCCCCCUAACACUGUCUGGGACUUUCUGGCCAGCGUCUGUCCAGCCAAGGCCAAGGAUGUCUGCGUGGUCAGACUGUGCCCACAGGGCUCUCCGGACACCCAGAACUGCCACCUGCUCUAUUCCUAUCUCAACAACAAGCAACGCCAUGGCCUGGUGGCUGUGGAACAGGUGGGGGUGGUCCUGCUGCCCCUGCCUGCCUUCCAGCCUCUGCCCUCCAGGCUGCGCCCUCUUGGAGGCCCAGGUCUGGAAGCCACUCACCCAAGCCUGCUGCUGGCUGUGCUGUUCCCCAAGGCAGGGCUUCCAGCCACAGCAGAGUACAGCCCCUUGACGGGGAAGGUUCGCAGAAUGACCUCCUUCAACAGAAAGGUGGAGAUGAAAUGUUACCAGCUGGAGGACAGGAGGCCAAAUGUGGCUCUGAAGGGCUCUUCUUGCCUAGGAGGUGCCCUGCAGCAGAGUCAGGGAAAAGGCAGCCUGGCUCCAAGGGGAAUUUGUACUUGGCAGAGUGCCCCCAGAGGCAGGGGGAGGCUGUCGGGAGAGCCUGAAACCUGGCAGGGUGUUGGGCGAGGGCAGCGGCCUCCAAAACCAGACUGGUGCCAGUCUUGGCAUCCCUAUGCAGCAGUACCAGCUGGCCGUGGCCAGCACCUCCACAGUGCUUCUUGUCCCCACCAAAAGCUGCUCCAGCAUCUGGAAUCUUUGGUGGCCAUGAGCCACCAGCUCCAAGCCUCCCUGAGGUCCCCAGGCCAGGAACAACUUCUCCAACCCCCUGUCCAGUCUUCUGCAGGUGCUGGAGUUCUUGGUCUCCUCUGCAAGCCCCCUGCAGCUCCAGAGCCCCCUGGGCUAGCCCCUAACUCCUCCUUGGGCCCUACAGAUGGAGCUGACUCUGAAUGUCCCCUUCCUGGAGAGACCUGACCCUUGUUACCCACGAGAAGAGGAUCUUUAAUUUCCUCACCAGUGCUGACUCUUAAGUGGUUCCAGGGAGAGCAUCGGGGCAGAGGAGGGGGAGAGUCAGCUGUUCGACUUUCCUGUUCUGCAGUUUGCUUGGUGUUGAUUUUUGGUUUAAUAAAGAAUUUGGCAAA